AUCGCUUUCUGUACUUUCACACGCUGAAUAGCUUCUUCGAGAUGGCCAUUCCACUUGACCUGGUCAACAACGCCAGCAUCUGGCAGUCAUCAUCGAGUGUGGACACGGUCAGUAAACACUUUCGAAUUCUGGGCACACGGGGUAUACAGUGCGAAUCGGAGGUAAUGGACAAUGGCGGCAAUCUCUACUGUAGUCUAAUCAGUCUGGGAGCAUUGGUCAGUUGGCAUGAGCGGACAAACUAUACGGCUAAUGACAUACGGGCCGUGGCUUACAAUCCACAACAGCUGAAAUUCGUCACUGGCCUCAAAAUCAAUCAGAACUCAAAGGGAGAAAACGAACUUUGGGCUCUGAGUAGCGAUCCAAAAUUGUUUGUUGGCGGCUCGCUAAAAGAUGAAGAGGUUAAGUUUCAAAUCAUUGGCUGUCGCACAGCGGAUCUAUUGGCCAAUACGCCCUGCACAGUGGGCGCCAUGGAUGCCACGCACGCAGUGAAAUAAUUCACUUUUAAUUAAAGUUUCUAGUUUAAGACUUAAAUAAGUGACGUUAAGUGCUCACUUUUAAAAUGUAACAGCUAUUGUUGAAACGCGCGCAAGCUGCCUGCUAUGACACUCACUGUCGAUUGAAACAGCUGUGCGUUCAAAACGAGUAAUCGAAUAUUAAAUAUAACUGACGACUGCUGGAUUUUAGUGAUUGAAAA